AUGUCGGGCUGGCUUGGAUACUUUUCCAAGAAGGACAACAAGAACUCGGCGCGAGAUGCGAUAGUGGGGCUGCGAACGCAGCUGUUGAUGCUCGAGAAGAAGGAGGAGCACCUCAACAAGAAGAUCGAAGACGAGCUCAAGAAAGCAAAGGCCAAUGUGACCACAAAUAAGCGAGCGGCGCAAGCGGCUCUGCGGCAAAAGAAGGCAUACGAGAAUGAGCUCGAUCGCAUCGCGGGCACACGGAUGACGCUCGAAACGCAGGUCAACGCCAUCGAGAGCGCCAACAUGAACCUCGAGACCAUGACGGCGAUGCGCAAGGGUGCAGACGCUCUCAAGACGAUCCACGGCAGCUUGAAUAUCGACAAGGUGGACUCGACAAUGGACUCGAUUCGCGAGCAGAUGGAUCUCACCAACGAGAUCUCGGAUGCCAUCUCGAACCCCGUGGGCAUGGGCCACGAUAUUGACGAGGACGAGCUCAAGAACGAGCUGGAGGAGCUGGAGCAGGAUGAGCUGAACGAGAGGUUGGUGGGCGCCGACUCGGUGCCUCUGCACACGCCCGCGGUGGCCACAUCAGCAGGACCAUCACGCAUCUCGAAUGGGCCGGAGCGCAAACAGGCUGUGGUGGAAGACGAUGACGAUGCCGAGCUGCGUGCGCUACAGGCCGAGCUUGCCAUGUAG